AAUGAAACACCGUCAAAAAUAGAAAUCAAAAUCUUAAUUAUAUAUUGUCGAAAAAAUUGUAGGCAAACGAUACGAUCCUAUUUCAAAAGAAUUAUAAUAUUGCAUUAAAUGGGAAGGUUAUAAUGAAGCAGAAAAUACUUGGGAACCUUUAAGAAAUCUAAAGAAUGUUCAAUCAGAUAUUGAGGAAUUUGAAAAUUAAUACGGUAAUAAGAAAAAAAACAUGACUCUCAAAAUUGAUUAAAAAAAACUGAAAUAAUUGCUUCUCAAUAAAUUAACUCAUUUUCUUGAAAAAAUAGUCCCUAAACCAUAAUAAUUAUAAGAAAUAAGUCUCAGCGAUUAUGAGAGUUCAUUAGAGUAAAUUUAACCAAAAAAUAACCAAUCAGAAGCCUAGUAGUCUAAAACCAUUCCAGAUCAAAUCAAAGCAAAAUCUUCAAUUCUAACUCAAACUUACAAUUGA